AUGGGAGCAUCGACAUCUGUGCGACGGGACGGCAAGAGUGGGGAUACAGCAACGGCCGAGGAGCAGAAUGUACUUCCGAACGGAGGGGAUAACGUUGACUCAAAGCUCCUACCGAAGAAUGGAAAACUGUCUGGUCUGAAUGGGAAGGCAGAUGACCAAAUCGAGGGCUUUGAUGGCCGCUCUGGGGAGAAAGUCGUGGUAAAAGUUGGUCAGAUGGACUCUGUGUUGGUGUCCCAAAAGGACGAUAUCCUAGAAGUGAUGGAGGUGCUCCAAGAUGAAAUCACUACUCGGCCAGCAGAGAAGGAAAUAUCUGAAAUGACUAACCUGACUCUAACAGAGGAGAAAGUCACCAAGGAAGAGCCAGGCGAGGCUAGUGAAGUGGGGUUUAAGAAAAUCUUCAGAUUUGUUGGGUUUAAAUUCACACUGAAAAAAAACAAGACUGAAAAUCCUGGCCCUGUGCAACUGACUGUCAACAAAGUGGAUGCAGAAAAAGCAAGUGGCCCUGAGAGUACUGCAAAAAUGGCAGAAGAGCUGGAUGAUGGAAACCAAUCUUCUGAACCUGCCUCUGAGGGAAUUGACAAGGACACAUCUGAACAGUCUGUAAAGCACACAGAGAAUACUGAGGAGAUAACCCCAGAAGCAGAGCAUUCCACAAGUCCCAUUGUCCAGGAGAUCCAGUCCCCAUUAAAAAGAUUAUUUGCACGAGACAUCUUCUCUAGUUCACAAAGACCUAGCUUUAAAAAGCCUGCCGAAGAAGCACUGCUGAAAGAGAAGGUUGCACGAAAAGGAUUUAAUAAGGAAAAAGCAGAUUCCCUGAAAAACUCCACAGAGGAAGAGGCGAGACCUGAGCAAGAACAGACUACUACACCAGAUGAACCAAAGGUGGGGCCCCUCACUAAAAUAACACUAGCUGCUGAAGAGAAACAAAAUGAGGGUGAAAUUGAGGCUAAAUCCUGCACAAGUACCCAGCCAGCCGACACAGUUAAUGGCAUGAAGGCUACAGAAGAGGAAUCGGAAGAAACUGUGACUGAGCAGACAUCGCUUGACAAUGCUGUAACAGUGUUAACAACUGAGGCAGGCCUUCUGUCAUGCCAAGAAAGUGUUAGGAAUCAUGGAAGUCCAUUAAAAAAACUCUUCACUGGGACAGGCUUGAAGAAACGCUCCAAGAAACUGAAGGGAAAGAGAGCAGCUGAGUCUAAGUUCAAAUCUGGUGAACAUGCUGCUGAACAACUUCAGUCAGCUAAGAGCCCUAGGAUUGACAGUUCUUUCUCUUCGCCUGAGGUAUCAAUUGAGCAUGCCAAUGGUGAUCCCCUGCAAACAGAACCUGAUGGAGACAGAGUCACCUCGGACGAGGAAAGGAAGAGGGAUGGGAUCCAGCCAUGGUCUUCCUUCAAAAAGCUCAUGACACCAAAGAAACGAGCAAAAAUAUAUUCAGAGAGUGAAGAUGAGGGAGCUGAAAAGCCCAAGACAGGGACUCUGUCCUCAAUUGACAAUUCUCAGUCUACUAAACAGCAGGAAGAACAGAAAUCCAGUGAAGAAGAAUUAAAGACAGAAUUCAGCACAGAGGAACCGCCCAAAAAGAAGGAAUCAUCUAUGUCCUGGGAAGCCUUAUUCUGUAGGGGAUCUGCUAAAAAGAGAGCCAGGAAAAUAUCUGACUCUGACGGGGUGGAUGUGGAUGAAGAAUCUGGGGGAAUAGUUGGAUCUCCUAUUGGAAGUUCCCAGGAUGGGGAGCAUGAAUUGCUAACGUCCUCUCCAGAUCAAACAGGGAGCCCGUCUGAAGGAGAUGGAGGGUCUACCUGGGCAUCCCUGAAAAGGCUUGUCACCCCACGGAGGAGGGUCAAAUCUGACGAUAGAUCUGAAGAUUCAGCUGGGUUGUCUGCUGAACAGGUAUCCUCAGAUAGUGAGAUGCCUAAAGAAGAUACCUCAUUUUCCCUCAAGAGACUCAUUCCUGGCUGCAGAAAGAAAGGGCUAGAGCAGGUUUCAUCUGGCGAGGCUGGCAAAGACUUUGAAUCAGCUGAGGAGGACUCAGACACGCCUGCUGUGGUUCCUUUGUCAGAAUUUGACUUAACAGAGUUUGAACAGGUGGUUGUCACACCGAAAGAGGAGGCAGUAGAGAAACAAAUGGACACCACCGAGCCUGAAGUAACAAAGCACGAGCCUGUAGUUAUAUUACCCCAUGAAACCUUGCCCACUGAAGUAGAACAAGCACAGGACACACUCAUAGCUGGCAUGGAGAAACAACAAGCAUCCUGGAUUCUAACCACAGCUGAGGUGGAGACAGAGGAUAAAACAGAGUGCAUAACUAAACAUCAGCAGUUGAGUGAUAUACCAGAAGAAGGGGCAAUUGAGGAUACAACUGUAACCCCAAAGUCUACAACUGAAGAGGUUUGUCAGGAUGACACAAUAACUGAAGACAUUAUUGAGUUGACUUCUGAGGCUGUUACAGCACCAGAGCUGUCAGAAGAGUCAUUUGCAGACGAAUCAACAGAAAUGGUUUCAGCUGUCUCCCGUCUGACAGAUUCUCCUGGUACAACUGGAGAGACUACGCCAGUGGUAGCAGAGUAUGAGUUGAGCAAAACAAAAGCAGUUCUGCAAGAAGCUGUGGAAACCAUCAGCUUAUCUGUAGAUAUCAUAACUGCCUCAAAAGAUGUAGGAAAGGUUUUUGUGACGCAGAUAAUAUCAGAGACUAUAGCUUCCGAUAUAGGUAGGGACUCACAGGAAAUCCAACCUGUGGAGGAAGACCAAGUGAAGAUCUCUGUGGAGAGCAUCCCUGAAAUCAGUAAGGUGCUAUCUGCAGAAAUAGUGUAUGAAGCUAAGAAUAACUUUGUAGUUGUUGGAGUAGCCCAGGAUGAAGUCUAUGAAGCUCAAGUUGAAGUGGUCAUGGAAAAUGUAUCCACAGAUAAUGCAUGGGGUAAAACUUCAGUAAAUCUACAGCAACGCAGACCAGUUCAAAAAUCUGUAGUGAAUUUGGAGCAUGUCCUAGUUGAAGAUCUGGAUGAACAAGUGGUGACAGACAAACCAAGGUUUGAGCCUGAGCAGGAAGAGGAACCGGCCUGCAGUCAGUCUGCACAGAUCACUGAUGUACCCAUUGUGAAAGGAGAGCAUGAGCAUGGACUAGACAGAACUGAUAAGUCUGAAGCUAAUGUGAAAAACUUUGCAGAUGUGCUCCACUGCCUAAGAGAGGAAUUCAGUGACUGCAUGUCUGAGCCUACCACUGCUGAAACUGCAGAGGACCAGGAGACUUCAAUUGAUAAAUAA